UAACUCGGCCACUGAUGCAGCCACCUCGGUAGCUUGCUAGUCAACAUAAAACCGAAACAUUGAAGCUCCAUUGUCAAUUUUUUGUUUCUGUUUGCAUAUCUCCUAGUUAACUUAAGUUAAAUGUACUAAUUCGUUAAGAUUGACGCUGAGCCUAGUACUAGGCUAGUCGCUAAUGCUAACUAGCUAUCAUCCCCGAACAAGGAGUGACGUUUAGUCCGCUAUUCCCGACCAUGAGCUCACAAAGCUACUCCCCCCUUGCUAAAGAAGAGGAGGUCUGCUGGACGGAGAAAGAAGCUCUGGGGCUGAACAUUGUCGUAAAAGAAGGCGAGGAAUUGAAAGAAGAGAAAGAUCCUUAUGGAGUGGAAGAGGGGAUAGAGGCUGUCACCGUGGAAGAGGAGGAGGUAGAAGCUUUCAGAAUAAAAAAGGAGGAAGAGGAGGCUGUCACAUUGAAAGAAGAAGAUGACGAUUUUAUAGUGAAAGAAGAGAAAGAACCUUUUAGAGUGAAAGAGGAAGAGGAGACAGGAGAUCUGAUUAACACUAGAGAGAGACCAGACUCAGAGGAACCAGAGCCAGAGACGUCCAAACCUGCGAGACCACACCACUGCUCCCACUGUGGAAAUAGUUUUACCCGGUUAGACAGCCUGAAACGACAUGAAAAAACACACACAGGAGAGAAGCCUCAUCACUGCUCCCACUGUGGAAAGCGAUUUAGCCAGUUAGUGAACCUGAAAGAACAUAAGAGAUUGCACACAGGGGAGAAGCCUUACCAUUGCUCCCUGUGUGAACAGAGUUUUAAACGGUUAGGGCACCUGAAAAGACAUGAGAGAACACACAUAGGAGAUAAGCCUCAUCACUGCUCCCAUUGUGGAAAGAGUUUUACCCGAUUAGAACACCAGAAAGAACAUGAGAGGACACACACAGGAGAUACAUAUUUUCAAUGCUCCCAGUGUGGAAAGAAUUUUACCCGAUUAGAACACCAGAAAGAACAUGAGAGAACACACACAGGAGAGAAACCUUUCCACUGCUUCCAGUGUGGAAAGAAUUUUACCCGGUUAGGGAGCCUGAAUGAACAUAAGAGAAUUCACACAGGAGAGAAACCUUUCCACUGCUCCCAGUGUGGAAAGAAUUUUACCCGGUUAUGGAACCUGAAAAUGCAUAACAGAAUGCACACAGGGGAAAAGGCUUACGACUGCUCCCGGUGUGGAAAGAGUUUUAGGUGGUUAUGGAACCUGAAGGAGCAUGAGAGAAUACACACUGGAGAGAAGAUUUACCAAUGUUCUCAAUGUGGAAAGAGUUUUACCUGGUUAGGUGACCUGAAAAGACAUGAGAGGACACACACGAGAGAUAAGCCUCAUCAAUGCUUCUAUUGUGGAAAGAGUUUUACAGAGUUAGGUAGCCUGAAAAAACAUAGGGGACUGCACACCAGGGAGAAGCCUUACCACUGCUCCCAAUGCGAAAAUACUUUUACCCAGGUAAGACAUCUGAAAAGACAUGAGAGGACACACACAGGAGAGAAGCCUUUCCACUGCUCCCUGUGUGAAAAGAGUUUUUCAGAGUUAGGUAAUCUGAAAAGACAUGAGAGGACACACACAGGAGAUAAGCCUUAGCAAUGCUCCCACUGUUGAAAGAGAUUUACCUGGGUUGGGAGCAUGAAAAUACAUUAGAAAAUACAUUCUGGAGAGAAGCCUCAUCAAUGCUCUCAAUGCGGAAAGAGAUUUACCUGGUUAAGGCGACUGAAAGAACAUGAAAGAAUCCACACCUGAUAGAAUGUUAUCACUGCUCCCAGUGUGGAAGGAUAUUUACUCAAUUAGGGAAAGACCACAAGGGAACACACAGAGAAGAAGCCUUGCCACUGCUCCCAGGGUGUGGAGAGAUUUCAAAUCACAAUAACCUAAAGUUCACGAGGGCACACAGACUGCUCCCACAUUUGUCUUCUAUUUUUGUAAUGUUUUUUUUUCAUGCCACAUCAACUCAAUUCUACAGAAUGUAAUAAAACAUACAGUUAUAUGUUUUUAUUUUAAAACAUGAAUUUAAUACAUAGUAUGUUGGUUUAAAUGUAGAACGUGUCAGUCUGAAUGAAGACAGUCUCCAACUCUG